CUCUCUAUUUUGCUUAAGCGUGGCAGAACUGCUAUGGCCCAUGACUUGUUCGACGAAAUGCGUCGUACCUACGGGGUCACCCCAGACUCUUUUACUUUCAACAUAUUGAUUAAUGGCUUCUGUAAGAAUUCCAUGGUGGACGAAGCCUUUCGGGUUUUUAAGGAAAUGGAGCCGUAUCAUUGCGAUCCUGAUGUUGUUACAUAUAACACCAUCAUCGAUGGGUUAUGCAGAGCCGGCAAGGUCAAGAUUGCGCAUAAUGUUUUGAAUGGAAUGAUGAAGAAAGCUACGGACGUGCAUCCCAACAUUGUUAGUUACACUACCCUGCUGCGAGGGUAUUGUAUGAAGCAGGAUAUUGAUGAAGCAUUGCUUGUGUUUCGUCAAAUGCUGUGUAGAGGGCUGAAACCCAAUGCUGUUACUUACAAUACUCUGAUCAAGGGGCUCUCGGAGGCUCAGAGGUAUGAUGAAAUCAAAGAUAUCUUGAAUGGAGGGGAUGAUCCAUUUACCACUUUCACUCCAGAUGCCUGCACUUUUAAUAUUCUGAUCAAAGUUCACUGCGAUGCUGGACAUCUGGAUGCAGCUAUGAAGGUGUUCCACGAAAUGGUGGAUAUCAAGUUGCAUCCUGAUUCAGCUUCAUAUAGUGUUUUGAUCCGUACUUUGUGCCUGAGAAAUGAAUUUGACAGAGCCGAGAGGUUGUUCACUGAGUUAUUUGAGAAGGAAGUACUGUUAGGCAAGGAUGGAUGCCUGCCUCUUGCUGCUGCUUAUAACCCGAUGUUCGAAUACUUAUGUGCCAAUGGAAAAACGAAACAAGCUGAGAAAGUUUUCAGACAGCUGAUGAAACGAGGAGCGCAAGAUCCACCCUCUUACAGGACUUUGAUCAUGGGUCACUGCAGAGAAAGUAAAUUCAAGGCUGCUUACGAGCUGUUGGUUCUCAUGCUGAGGCGGGAAUUUGUACCUGAUCUUGAAACCUACGAGUUAUUGAUUGAUGGGUUAUUGAAGAUAGGUGAAGCUCUUCUUGCUCACGAUACCCUGCAAAGGAUGCUAAGGAGCUCUUAUCUUCCGGUUGCAACCACUUUCCAUUCUGUACUUGCAGAACUUGUGAAAAGGAAAUUUGCUAACGAGUCCUUCGGCUUGGUAACGCUAAUGUUGGAAAAACAAAUACGACAGAACAUUGAUCUUUCAACGCAUGCUGUCAGAUUGCUUUUUAGCAGUGCACAGAAGGAGAAGGCGUUUCUGAUUGUUAGGUUGCUUUAUGAUGACGGGUAUUUGGUUAAGUUGGACGAAUUACUUGAUUUCCUAUGCGAGAACAGAAAACUUGUUGAUGCGCACACACUUGUUCUGUUUUGUCUGGAAAAGAGUCAAAUGGUAGAUAUUGAAACCUGCAACACAGUCAUAGAAGGGCUCUGUAAGCAUAAGAGGCACUCUGAAGCGUUUAGUUUAUACAAUGACUUAGUAGAACUGGGAAACCACCAACAGCUUAGCUGCCAUCUGAUUCUGAAAAAUUCCUUAGAGGCUGCUGGAAAGUGGGAAGAACUACAGUUU